GUAGUGUGUUUGAUUGAUGAAUUUUGUUUUGUUUUUUGGUUUUUUACAGGUCGAAAUCUGCAAAACAAAACAAACUUGUUUGAUUCGCGCGCUCAGAAUGUUUUGUUUUCCCAUUUUUGGAAAAACAUUCGAAUCGUUCGAAUGUGUUUACAAACGUUCGAGGAGGGGGUGUGUUUGGAAAGAAUCUUACCUUUCUUUUUGGCGAAAAAAAAGAAAAUUUUUUCAAUUUGAAACAAAACAAACAGCAAAAAAAGCGCGUAAAUUCCAAAAAUUGCUCAACACUUUCUCUUGAAACUGGCGAAGACAAAAUAAACGAAACGAAAAAAGGUGCAGGCUUUUUCGUUUGUUUGAAACUUUUUUCGGUUAUUUUGGUUGCCUUGACGAUCCCAAAAAAAAAAACAUUAUCUAUGAAGAGCACUUCGGCACUAAAGAAGAUAAUAAUUGUUUUCGUUUUUUUGGUUCGGGGACAAUUUGGAUCGCGAUCCGCAAAAACAUUAAUUUUUUUCGGUAUCGAUCGGUUUUCAUUAUCACCGUUGCUGUUGAAUUGUGGAUUUUUUUUGCCCCAUAUUUUUCCCCCAUCAAACUUCACUUUAAUUAAUUGAAAAAAAGCGGAGGAGUUUUUUCCCAGCGAAAGAGCAAAAGAGAAAUUUUGAGAGAAAAACAAACCUGCUACCUGAAUUUUUUGUGUGUUUGAUCAGGUUUUUUGUAUUUGGCAAACUUAAACGAAGAAAAUCUUGAAGAAAAUAGUCUUGACCAGGUCAACUUUCGGUGGUUCUUUUGGUGGUUAUUCUUUUCAUUCGAUUCGAUUCGAUUUGAUUCGUCCAUUACUACCAAACAUUCGAAUCAGUGAUUAUGUCAACGCAAUCAAAAUUCGGUAAUCUAAAUUCGGAUAAACAAAUUCUUUACCUUGUACAAUGGUUUACUGAAUUUAGUGAAUUUCAACGAAAUGAUUUUCUUAAUGAUUAUUUAAUGAAAAUUUAUCAAAAUUUUUUUGAUAAAAAUUUAUUUGAUCAAAAUCAUCAAGAUAAUUCGAAUGGUGGUAAUGCUGAAGAAAAUGCUUCAACAUUGGUGGAACAACAAGAAGAAGAAACGAAUGGUAAAAUGAUUGACGAUAUCGACGAUGGUCAAUUGGCCGACGAUUUGAAUGAAUCUUUGAAAAUAACAAAAAAUAAACCACCAUCAAUAUUUGAAUGUCGAAUGAAAUUAUUUUCCGAAUGGUACGAAAAACAAUGGAAUGAUAAUGAUCGUAUUGAAUUAUUAUUACGUUUAAAAAAUAUUGAUUCAGAAUUUAUUUGGAAAUUUUAUCGUAAAUUAUUAUCGGAACAGAAUCUAUUGGAUCGAAUGAAAUUUCAAUUAUUAAUCGAUAGUGAUGGUGAUGGUGGUCGUAAAAAUUUAAUCGAACGUUUAGAUAUGAUGAAUGUUGAUAUUUUCCAAUCGAAUAAUAACGACCAAGCCAAUCUUACAAUCAAUAAUGGUAAUGGUAAUUUGGAAACAAAACAACAACCAGAUUUAUUGGCAAAUUGUCAUAGUAAUCAAUCGCAACAACAACAAUCGAAUGAUGAAAAAUGUUCCAACAACGAUCCAAACCAACAACAACAACAAGAAGAUAAUUUAAUUUCCAAUGAACAACCAACAGUGAUUGUCGAUGUUGUUGAUAAAACUCCCGAUCUUUUAGCAUAAACAAUGACAAUGACAAUCACCAAUGGGGGAAAAAUGCUCAAAUUUUAUUAUUUACUUUUCAUUCCACCAAAAAUACUCUUAUAGCCAAGAAUUUUUUUUUUUG